UGUCCUAUAAGUUAAGUUAUCAACAUUCAUAAACUGUUCCUUAACGCCUCUCUAAUAACCUCCACCCAACCAUUUCCAUUUCAAAAAAUCAAAUCCCCACACUCUCUCUCUCUCUCUCUCUCUCUCUCUCUCUCUCUUCAAUGGACAGUCCUCAUUCACCUUCUUCCUGUUCAUCUUCUUCAUCCACCUGUUCAUUUGAAGGACAAACCACCGACACAAUCUAUUUAGAAACGGAGGAGCCACAAACGCCGUUAGCCGUUCGCCGUGCACUUCAGCUUCUCAAAUCCGGCGUGCCGGAGUUGCGGAUUCAAGCCGCGCGUGAUAUACGGAAACUCACCAAAACUUCACACCGAUGUCGGCGUCAGCUCUCUGAAGCUGUCGGUCCACUCGUUUCUAUGCUCCGAGUUGACUCUCCCGAGUCACAUGAACCUGCGCUCCUUGCUUUGCUUAAUCUCGCUGUUAAAGAUGAAAAGAAUAAAAUCAAUAUUGUGGAGGCCGGAGCAUUAGAACCAAUACUUAGUUUCCUCAAGUCACAAAAUACAAAUCUGCAGGCGUCUGCAACUGCAGCUUUGCUCACACUAUCAGCCUCUUCAACCAACAAACCAAUUAUUAGUGCUUGUGGCGCAAUUCCCCUUCUUGUGGAGAUUCUUAAAGAUGGAAGCCCACAGGCAAAAGCCGAUGCAGUUAUGGCUCUCGCUAAUUUAUCAACAUAUCCUGAUAUUCUUAGCAUUAUUCUCAAAACAAAUCCAAUCCCUUUCAUAGUUGAUAUCCUCAAAACUUGCAAAAAGUCCUCAAAAACAGCUGAAAAAUGUUGUGCUUUGAUAGAACCCUUGGUGGAUUACGACGAAUGCAGAACUUCCUUGAUAUCUGAGGAAGGUGGGAUUCUUGCAGUUGUGGAGGUUCUCGAAAACGGCACUCUCCAAAGUAGGGAGCAUGCUGUUGGGGCACUACUGACAAUGUGCCAGAGUGAUCGAUGUAAAUACAGGGAACCAAUUCUUAAAGAAGGUGUGAUUCCAGGCUUACUCGAGCUCACUGUUCACGGAACACCAAAGUCUCAGACAAAAGCUCGCACCCUUUUGCAACUACUAAGAGAAUCUCCUUAUCCAAGAUCUGAAAUUCAACCCGACACUCUCGAGAAUAUAGUAUGCAACAUCAUAUCUCAAAUUGAUGGGGAAGAUCAAUCUGGUAAAGCAAAGAAGAUGCUGGCUGAGAUGGUUCAAGUCAGCAUGGAACAAAGUCUGAGACAUUUACAGCAAAGGGCACUCGUAUGCACCCCAAGUGAUCUUCCCAUAGCUGGCUGUACUUCUGAAGUUUCUUUUAAGUAAUAGUUACAGUUGGCCAACUUUUUAUCUUUUUUUUUUUUUUCGUUUCUUCUCACUUGGGGCUUGAGAGAUAAAAUUUCCAUAGAAAAAGGGAAUAAUAUUAUUAUGAAAUAUGCCAGUCCAGGCCAUUGUGGAUGUAUCGAGUCGAGUGACUGGUAAUUGUCAAUAAAUUAAGCUGUAAGACAUUAAGAAACAUGGUUUUGUAGUUUGUUUGUAAAGAAACUGUUGUAUAAAAUGACAUACAAAUGGUAAAGGCUCAUUGUUCUGUUA